AUGAGAAUGGUUGGUAAACAUGUUAAUAUUAUAUCAUUUCUUGGUUGUUGUACAAAAGGAGGUCAAGUUAUGUUAAUUGUUGAAUAUGCUAAAUAUGGUAAUUUACGUGAUUAUUUACGUCGUAAACGUCCACCUGGUCAUGCUCUACCAGGUUUAUAUGAAAGUCCUUCGGAUACGGAUAAUUAUGAACAAGAAACUAUAAUUAUUGAUGAUGAUUAUAUACGUUCAUUAACAACAAUUGAUUUAAUUUUAUUCUGUUUACAAGUUGCAUCUGGAAUGGAAUAUUUACAUUCAAAAAAAGUAAAUAUUAAAAAAGAGAAACAAUAG